AUGCCGCAGCCUACAAAUUGCGAAGAGUUGAAGAGAUUUUUGGGCAUUGUUACGUAUGUUGCCAAGUUCAUUCCAAAUAUGACACAGAUAACAGCUCCACUACGUCAGUUGCUGGAGAAAAAUGUCGAAUGGGUUUGGGAUCAAGAGCAAAGACAAGCGUUUACAACUUUAAAGGCAGCGAUUGUCGAUCCACCAGUCCUCAAAUUCUUUGAUCAGAAACAAUCCGUGUGCUUGUCGGUUGAUGCCAGCUCGAAAGGUAUGGGUGCAGUGCUUCUUCAAAAUGAUCGUCCAGUAGCGUAUGCGUCGAAAGCGUUAACUUCAUGUCAGCAGAACUACUCACAGAUUGAAAAAGAAAUGCUUGCAAUAGUUUAUGGUUGUGAGCAUUUCCAUCAAUACCUAUACGGACAACGCGAAGUAAUCGUGGAAAGUGACCAUCAACCGUUAGAAGCAAUACUAAAGAAAUCCAUCCAUCAAGCUCCGCUUAGAUUGCAGAGAAUGAUACUUAGACUUAAACCUUAUGCGAUUAAAGUGAAAUAUACGCCUGGGAGUCAGUUGUUGAUAGCAGAUGCUCUUUCUAGAUCACAGAUGUCUGCACAGAUAAACGAUCGAUCAGAUGAAUUUGAAGUCAAUGUUCUGGAAUCGGGUCAGAUGUCUGAGACUAUGUUUGAGAAGUUGGUUGAGGAGACCAAGAAGGAUGCUGAACUUCAGCAGUUGCACAGAGUAGUCAUGGAUGGUUGGCCACAGACAAAGCCUGAAACGCCCUUAGAAAUUCGACCUUAUUGGAGUUACAGAGAUGAAAUAAGCGGUUAUGAUGGCUUGAUGUUUAAAGGAGAUCGUGUAAUUGUUCCACAUGUUCUUAGACCAGGAAUGCUGGAUCGGAUACAUGCAGCUCAUUUGGGAAUCGAGAAGUGUAAAGCACGGGCGAGAGGUUCAGUGUUCUGGCCUGGAAUGAAUAGUGCAAUUGAUGAAAUGGUGUGAGAAUGCAGAACAUGUUUACAAUUUCAGCGAAGGAAUCAGAGGGAGCCGUUGAUGCCGCAGGAAAUUCCAGAGAGGCCGUGGUCAACCGUUGCAGCGGACAUAUUUUAUUAUAAAGGAAGAGACUAUUUAUUGGUAGUCGAUUAUUUCUCGAAGUAUCCUGAAGUAACAAGGAUAAAUCACAAGAAUAGUGAAGCCGUCAUCUUGGCAAUGAAAGAAAUGUUUGCCCGUCAUGGCAUUCCAGAAAAAAUUAUAGCUGAUAAUAUGCAUUUCAACAGCCUUAGAUUGAGGUGGUGA